AUGAGGUUUUACAAUUUAAUGGCCAAACGAUAUCUACAGCAAUCAUUCAAAAGGUAUAAAGAGCUGAAGACUCCAGUGUUCCCAGAACCUCCAGACCCAAACUUAUGUUGUGGAUCAGGCUGUCAGAACUGUGUUUGGAUUGAGUACGCUCAGAAGGUCGGGGACUACUUUGACACACACCCAGAAGGUAACAACUUGAGCAUCCAACAACGAAGAGACAAGAUACAAAGGCUUCUGGAUGAAAACAUAGCAGACCCAUCACUCAGAGCCUAUUUAUCGAUUGAAGCCAAGAUGAAACUGUGA